UUACCUCCACGCUCAGGGCCAGCCCCAGGAGGAUAGAUUCUAGUUGGUCAUUUGAAUUUCGAUAAGCACUGGUUUGAGCACUACUUGGUUGGUUAAGGCAGUGGAGAUCUGCAGGAGCCGGUGGUACCAAACUCCAGCAUGAUUCAGCUCCUUCACAGACAGCAGAACAGGAGAGAAAAUAAUUGUGAAAUUGAGCUUUUAAAAUACCCUUUCUUUUUUUUCAAAAAAGACGAGGAGAGCAACUUGGAUCCAUCACCCCUUCCUGAUGUGGAUUUGGAAAGUCUUCCAGGUCGGGAAGAGGAUGAGGAACAGCGCUGGCUGGAUGCUCUGGAGAAAGGGGAGCUGGACGAUAAUGGGGAAUUAAAGAAGGAAGUUGAUGAAACACUACUUACAGCCAGACAGCGGGCUUUGUUAAACAAGCAGCAAAGCCAGCCCCUCCUGGAGCUGCCCAUGGGCUACAAAGCAAAGGAAAUGACCGAGGAGAUGAUGGUUAAGCGUGCAGAGCGCGCCCGGAAAAGACGCCUCCAGGCAGCCAAGAAGGCGGAAGAAAGCAAAAACCAAACAAUCGAGCGCCUGACGAAAACAAACAAGGCUAAAGUGAAGACGCUGAGAGAGAAACGGACCAAGAGAACCCAUUACCCCAUGAUCAGAUAUUCAAAUAACCUUGGGGGGAUUACUGUUGCUUUUCCACCUGGCUGUUCUGCUCCACUCCCAGGGAUCCCGCGACCUGUCCCCAAACCGAUAACCUGUGGGGUCGAUAGUUGCUCAAAUCUGAAGAAGUACUCUUGUUCCAAAAGUGGGUUACCUCUCUGCAGCAUUGGGUGUUACAAAAAGAAUUUGCUGAACUUGGGUUUGGCUUGACCAGAAGUAAACAAACAAAGAUACAGAGGUAGAGAUACCUAGGAGCCACAUUGAUCCUCGCUGCCACCAGUGCACAGUGCUAUCCAGCAACAUUCACAUUUAUGGAUAGAAUAUGAAGGAAUGAUAAUGCACUCCAAUGGGUUAGAGUUGUUAUGAUAUGAGGUACAUGUCAUGAAUGAGACUGUGAUAAAUUAUCUUUUCUUUAACCCAGUCAAUGUUUCAUUUCUAGGAAAACUGACUGGAUUCAUGGAUGGUAUUUUGCAAUUUUAUCAAUUUUGUUUUGUUUUUCUUCUUCUCCCCCUCCACGCAAAGCUAACAAUCCCCACAAAUGCUCAAGACACCCAUACGGAUAUUGUUCAGUUGAUCCAGAAGGAGGUCCACUUCAAAGAGUGCCAAUGGAGCCCCUUUUUGUUUUUUACAGGUGAUGCAGCCGAGAUUGGCAAGAGUCCUCUUUGAGGAAAGCUCUACAUGAGCACAGCAAGUCAAGACAAGGAUUCAAACUCCAGCUACCCUCGUCUGAAUACAACACUGUACUGUCAGACAGGCACCCAAUGUGUGUACUCUAUUUAUAAUGCUUUUUGAAAAGAUUUAUUUCAUAACAAAUGCAGCAAUAAACUUAUUUAGAAACA